CCGGGCUGCUGGCCUCAGGUGCUGAGCUCUGUGCCCGACUCUGUCCUCCCCAGGCUCAGCGCUGGCGCAGCGAGAACUUCGAGAGGCCCGUGGAUCUCGAGGGCUCUGGGGAUGACGACUCCUUCCCCGAUGAUGAGCUGGAUGACCUCUACUCAGGGUCGGGCUCAGGCUACUUCGAGCAGGAGUCGGGCAUCGAGACGGCCAUGCGGUUCAGCCCGGAUGUGGCCAUGGCAGUGUCGACCACACCCGCAGUGCUGCCCACCGUGGACAUCCAGCCUGUGGGCACCCCGUUGGAAGAGCUCCCCUCUGAGCACCCCACCCCGGAGCCGGCCACCAGCGCCCCCGUGGUGACAGAGGUCCCAGGAGAGCCCAGCCAGAGAACCACCACCAUCUCCACUCCCACGGCUACCACUGCUGCCACGACUGCGGAGGCCCUGACUGUGGCCACGGUGCCCGCCACGGUGGCCACCGCCGCCCCCAGCCUCCCCGCGGCACCCCCUUCCACGGCCACCACCUCCAUCAUAAGGACCACCGGCGUGCAGAGGCUUCUGCCUCUUCCACUGACCACGGCAGCCACGGCCCGGGCCACCACCCCAGCAGCGCCCUCACCUCCCACCACGGUGGCCGUCUUGGACACAGAGGCCCCAACGCCCAGGAUGGUCAGCACAGCUACCUCCAGGCCAAGGGCCCUUCCCAGGCCAGCUACCACCCAGGAGGCUGACGUCCCUGAGAAGAGCACCUUGCCCCUGAGGACCACUGCCCCUGGACCCACGGAGGUGGCUCAGACCCCAACUCCGGAGUCCGUCCUGACCACGAUCCGGGAUGAGCCCGAGGUGCCCGUGAGCGGGGGGCCCAGCGGGGACUUUGAGCUGCCAGAGGAGGAGACCACACAGCCAGACACAGCCAAUGAGGUGGUGGCCGUGGGCGGGGCUGCAGCCAAGCCGUCACCUCCGCCUGGGACGCUGCCCAAAGGUGUGCGCCCAGGCCCCGGCCUCCUGGACAAUGCCAUCGACUCAGGCAGCUCGGCUGCUCAGCUGCCUCAGAAAAGCAUCCUGGAGCGGAAGGAGGUGCUCGUAGCUGUGAUUGUAGGCGGGGUGGUGGGCGCCCUGUUCGCUGCCUUCCUGGUCACGUUACUCAUCUACCGCAUGAAGAAGAAGGAUGAGGGAAGCUACACACUGGAGGAGCCCAAGCAGGCGAGCGUCACGUACCAGAAGCCUGACAAGCAGGAGGAGUUCUACGCCUAGAGGAGCCACAGUGCCUCCCGUAGCUCAGCAUCACCCCCUGCCUCGCCCCCGGCCCGGCCUCACCAGCCCUGGCCUGGGACUGGGCCUGGAAGGGAGCCUGGCCCCAGUUCAUCUCUGCCCGCCCUCCCAAGGUCUGCCCAGACUGCCAGCCUCACACAGACCUUGCCUGAGGGACGGGGGCGCUGCCAUCUGCCCUCGGCUGUGCCCUUAUGAGCUCAUCUCUUGUUCCCCCCCCACCCCCACCCCUGCGCUGUGCUCUCCCCGCAAUCAGCCAGCUUCCGGGCCUCAUGUCAGACGGACAGGAGGAAGGAGGCUGCGCAUUGGCUGCUGGGAGAAGGGGUGGGGCUUGACAUGGGCUUGAGCCCCACCCUGGCCCCGGUCUCCUCCUGGAGCUAGAGAGGACCUCUGGCUGGUUUCCAGGACAAGCACUGGGCAGGCUCAGCCCUCAAAAUCACCGAGACACUGCAGCCUCUCGCCACUGUCCCAGGGCCCCUCUCUGCCCGGGACAGAGGGUACCUGUUGCCGCCAGCCUGGUCUGUCCUGGCCUCUCUGGGGCUGUGGGGUCGUUCUCCCCUCACCCCUGCCCCGUGCACACGGACCACAGGCCUCCGCCUCAUCCCCGUCUGCCCCUAAGGAACUGACUUCCUGAGAGUGCCCUGGGGGCCACUGGCGAGGCGGGGCGGGGCUGCUCGGACCUCCCUCUUGCUAGUGGGCUCUGCCCAGACACCAUCUCCCACGUGGUCACGCAUCACGUCACACACAGAGACAGAAGCACGCAACGACAGAAGCAUACACGGUCCUGACCAGCCAUCGGUGCAGACCUGUCCCAGACACACACAUUCUUCCAAAGAUGCUGAGUCUCAUGGGUUUCUCACGGCCCCCCAGCGCUUACGACCAUGCGAGUCACCAGACAUCAUUGCCUGAUGGUGACAGUGCGGCCUGCCCCUCUCUCUGCCCCCCCACACCCCCACGUACACUGUGGCACCACGCAUGUUGUCUCUAGCUUUCAGGCUCACUGGAGACGGUGGAGUCAAGCUGGAACAGUCAGCCCAUAUUGGGUCCCCUGAGUUGCCCUGUCACACUCAGUCCCUCCCCACGACGCCAACACCACCCGCAUUGCCAGUGACCCCGGCACGUCAGAUACAAUCCCAUGUGGAUGCACAAUCUCCCCCCCCCCCCCACAGCCCCGCACUCACACUGGAGAAUAGGUGGGGGCACUUACUUGCCUUUCCUGGAAUAAAGUGUGGCCCGGAGGGGAUGUUGCCACGAGCCCCCCGGGGCAUUGCACACCAGGGAGGCCUGCUUCCCUCCCCUCUGUCGCUUGCCAGGGGGUUGGUCCAGGGCCAGCCCCUCACUAGCUAGGAGCCUUGCUGAGGAAGGCAGGCUGGUUCCUGGAAUGUGGCCCCAGGCUGGGGAGGGGGGUUUGGGUCUCCCAGGACUGCAAGCCCUGGGCGGGGAGGGGCAUGUGGCCUGGCUCCUGGUCUCCCUGUGUCCCCCUUCUGCUCUGAGCUAGGGGCCGACUCUGCCUCCCAGGACACAAGUCCCCAAAGUGCCUGCGAGGGUGGGCCCUGCCACCCGGGGCCUCCUGCACCCUCUCCCUCCCCCCCCCAACUGGCCUCGCCAGGCCCACCUCGGUCCCACCCUGGGGCCUUCCCUGUGGACACUGACCCGCUCAUUGGCCAGACCACCUGAUGGUUCUCCUGGGUGCAGCUGGAUGGACCUGCAGCUGGGAGCAGCCCGUCCCGACACAGGGCUCCAAGCCAGGAGCUGAGAGCGGGUGGGGGUGGGGGUGCCGCAGGCCUCAGCCCACCUCCCCCCUUCUUUGUUACCCUUGCAAGGGGGGCCGCUUCUGUAGAUAUUUUAAAUGUGGGGCCACAAAUCUCCUUUGGGGAGGGUGUGCUUGGUGGGGGCUCCUGAAGCCACGGGAUGUGGUCUGAGUUGUGCUUGGCUGGUGCUCACACCCCACCCCUCGCCUUCAACCCAGAUUAAAGUCAGGAACCCAGCUCUUGUUUCUGUUCCCUUUUCAAGACUCCCUGGCAGCCGCCUUCUGCAGGGGGGAGGGGGAGGGAGGCCUGAGGUGGUGAGGGCGAGCUUCUGGGGAACUUCACCCCCUGUCUUUUCUACCAUCCUACUUCCAGGCCAGGGCUCCAUCUUUUAGACUCAGUGUGCCCCUGGGUAGGGCCUGGAAGCUUGUGAGGAACCCAGCCUUUGAAGGGGGCAGGAGUGAGGGGAGGUUCCCUGGGCCUACGAUCUGUUGAAGGAGAGGUGACCUGGCCUCGGUCGUCCCUGGAGCAGAAGGGCUGGGGUAGGGGGAGACCAAAGGCCCGGCCUCCCUCCACCCUGCUCCCUGGCGGGCUGCUCUCUUGGGGCCAGCAGCUCUGGUGACAAGGCCUGGGCAGGCCGAGGCUGAGAAGCCAGGGAGCAUGGAGGAGAGAGGACACAAACCCAGGGAUGGUGGGCCCAGGGUUGGAGACCCCAACAGAGGCCAGGGCCCAUGGUGGGGUAGGGCCCGGCAAGGAUGGGUGAGCUGGGCUUGGUCUGGCUGGAAUGGGCUUGGGGUGGCCUGCGUGGGUCUAGCCUGGCCCCAGCAGGCCUGACUCCCCACAUCCUGAGGGCUGGCUUCUAGCCUGGGGCUUGGGGCUUUGCCUCCUGGCACUGGCCUCCUCUCUCUGUCCUUUGCAUUUGAGAGAAGAGGCCGAGGGCCUUGUUCAUGGAGCCCUGGACCUGAGACAAACAAAGGCCCAGGCUUUGUCCGCAUGAAACUGAACACAGUCUGACUAGCCCAAAUCCCCUCCGGCCAGCCCAGCUCGGCAGGGUGGGCCAAGACUGAGGUCGGUUAAAAGGACGAGCUGGAGCUGUCCUAGGUGCAAUGUGGGUGCGGGGCUCUCACCCAGCCUGGGCGCGAUGUGUCUGGUCACACCCGAGUGUGCCUGGGGAGGGCGCCCUGCAGGGCCCUGGCAUUUUCUGGAAGCAGGGCCAGUUCCAAAGGGGAGGGAGCUUGUGUGGCUUGAGAACCUCUCAGAACCAGGGAGGGCAGCUGGGGCCUCAGGAGGUGGGGUUUGGCCCCCCCUUCCCCCCCACCCGCUCUGGCUGUGACUUUUUAGAACCCAGGCUCUGUCUCCCUAGGAGGCCCGAGGGGGGACGUCUCCUGAAAGGUUUGUCCCCUUGAGCCCUGGAGGUGGAUGGGUGGUAACUAGGGCUGGAUGAGGCAGGUCUGCGGGCAGUGGCUUGGGGUGCUCAGGCCAGACCCCGCUGGGGUCGGCAAAGCCAUCUGUCCGGGCCUCCGGGCUGGAGCCCUGGGCACAGGAAGCAGACCCAUCUCUGCCUCUCGGGCGGGGCAGGGGUGGCCACCACCUCCUCGGCUCUCCUGAAUUUCUCCUGACAGCCACCACCCUGGACUUGCUUCCUCAGGCCUCCUGCCUGUAAAUAGAAGCCCACAGACUGUACAGAUUUACAGAGAUGCCAAGACCGGGUCCUGGGGUUGCCAUCUAAGGGCUGAUGGUUCCAGCAUCCCCCAGGUGCCCACCUGGCAGCUCAGCGCACCCAGCCCCAGCGUGGCAGAUACAUGUAAAUAUUUUUCGUAGGCAGUGUGGCUCCAGAGAGCCCCCUGAAGACAGUGUCCCUCCUGUGCGUCCUUUCUCUUGUACAGAGCCCUCCGAGAACCCGGCCUGGGGUGGGUGGGAAUUUGUCCUUCCCUCCCCCAGGCCUUCCCUGCCCUUUCUCUCCCCCAUAACCUGUUUAUUAACCAUACCUGUCCUGAGUUCAUGGCCAAAUCUCUAAGGAAAAGUGGAGGGAAAAGACUGGAAAAGGAGGCCCAGGUGCCUGCCCCACCAUGGGUACUCACCUGUCCCAGCCUUGUGAAGGAGCUGUUUGGGUUUUUUCGUUCUGUUUUUUUGUUUGGUUGUGUUUUUUUUCUUUUGUUAACACUUCCCGUGCUGUGCCCAUUUAUAAGAGGAAAUAAAAUUAAGCUGAAAUGAUA